GAUACAUUCAUUCUCUCGAGGAAUAUGUCAACACUUAAAGAAAAUGGCCUAAGGCCAGAAGAAGUACGAAGUCAUCUGCAACUACUUUACUACUGCCCUCUGACGGUUCAGCAUCAGAUAGCCAUCCUCCAAGAAUUAGGGCUUAUUAAUCUCAAGGUUGCUCAUUUUAAAAGGUUUAAAAAAUUCUACAAAAGCACAUUCCAACUCAUCAAAGACUAUGGCCUUCUGCCUCAUGACUAUGACCCUAAGUGGGAUAUCCUCAAGCCCCUGCAAGUGCCAGAAGAAAUCAUCGACAACAUUGAGUUUCCUAGCAAAAUUGCAAACUUAACUCUAGGCCAAAUUCAUGAGCAGCUGUCGAGUAUAUAUCUCCAGUGGCGCUUAGAGUGUGAGGAAGACAUCAAAAGGAUUCGUCAUAUUUAUCCUCCCACAAAAAUGAAGAGCAUGAGAUUACAGUGUGAAGUGUUUGAGCUUCUCAACAAGAAUGGAAUAUCAAUAUAA